UUUAAUCCAAGACUAAAUCUCACCUAACUGUUGGUUUUUCUGAAUGUGUCACAGUUUGAAGUCCAGACCCAAAAAGUACUCUAGUUUAUAGUUAGUUUAUUUGUAUUAUUGAUCGUUAAUUACAUGCUGGCACUCCUAUUGCUGACUAAGUCAAAGUUUCUUGCUCACGUGCUUCUGUUCACUCCAAAGUCCCCUGACCACUCCACAGAUCUCCCUCACACAUACAAAGAGUGGAGCUUGAUCUUAAGCCUCUCUCAUUUAUGGCAGUUGCUGAAUGGAUUCAAGGAAAUGAUUUCUAUUUCUAUUAGAACCUUACUCCAAGAAGAAAUCAUAUUCAACGUGUCUCUUCACUGCUUCUCCCUGUCUCACAGUUACAGGACAUCAAUGCGUGUGCCCACGUUUGCCAUUUGUUUGAACCAGUUUAAGGAUUAAAUCCUCUCCACAUGGCCAAACUGCUGUGUUAACUAUAAAGGAAUUACUUUAUUUUCAUUUUUUUUUUAUUACUCUAGAUCAGGAUGAUCGAUUUUAGCCAGAUUUUAUUAGCUAUUGGGGAUUUUGGCCCGUUCCAGAAGCGCCUGCUUGGGGUCAUAUGCCUCCCCAACAUCUUCUCUGCAUUCCACAUGUUUGUCCAGGUGUUUACUGGGCUGAAUUUCCAGCACAACUGCAAUACUAACUGGAUUCGGAAACAAGGACCGAACCUGACUUACGAGGAGCAGCUAAAUCUGACGAUUCCCAAAGACUCAGCUGGCAAGUACGAGAGCUGUCAGAUGUUCACUCCCGUGGAACUUGAACUUGAAGUCAUUGAAGCCUAUGGACUAAACGCUACAGAGAAAUGCAGAGAUGGUUGGAUUUACCAAACACCUCAGGGGAGUAGCAGCUUAAUUACCGAGUUCAACUUGGUGUGUGACAGUAUGAGUCUGAAGGAGACCUCACAAUCUAUCUACAUGGCUGGACUCCUCAUUGGAGCUCUGCUGUUUGGAUCAAUGGCUGACAAAUAUGGCCGGCGUUUUGUCCUGCUCCUCUCCUUGACCUUGCAGUUCUUGUUUGGUGUAGGUGCUGCUUUCUCAACGAAUUUCUACGUUUACAUUGCCCUUCGCUUUGUAGUUGGUGUCACUAUAUCAGGCAUCACCAUCACUACUAACAUUAUAGGCCCUGAGUGGUGUGGUCCGUCACGUCGGGCCCUCUUUACCAUCCUGUCUCACUGUUGCUAUGCUGUGGGGCUGAUAUUACUAUCAGGGCUGGCCUACGGCAUCCGCAAUUGGAGAAUCCUCCAAUUAGUUGUGUCCGCUCCAAUCAUGAUCCUUGGUAUCUACUUCUGGAUCCUUCCAGAGUCGGCUAGAUGGCUCCUGACCCAAGGCAGACUGGAGGAAGCCAAGAAGAUAAUCCUGAAAGCAGCUCGGGUCAACGGCAAGGAACUUUCAGAAUCUCUGAUAGAAGGGCUGGAGGCAGAGAACACAGUCAGAACCGGCAGCAUGCUGGACCUUUUCCGAGUGACGAGUCUGAGAAAGCGGACGUUGAUCAUGUGCUAUAUCUGGUUUGUGAUCAGUCUGGUGUACUAUGGGAUCAGUCUAAAUGUGGGAAACUUUGGCCUGAACAUCUAUCUGACGCAGCUGAUCUUCGGCAUUGCAGAGCUUCCUGCUCGCCUCAGCUGCUACCCACUUGUUGAGCGCUUUGGCAGAAAGAAAUCACAAAGUGCAGCGUUGUUCCUCGGGGGAACUGCGUGUCUGGUUAUUCUUGCCAUUCCAGAAGAAUACCCCAUAGUGGUCACUGUCAUAGCAGUGGUGGGGAAAAUCGCAACUGCUGCCUCCUUUACCAUAGUGUACGUGUACACUGCUGAGCUGUACCCCACUGUCGUGAGGCAGAACGGGGCAGGAUUAAACGCCAUGUUUGCCCGUGUGGGUGGGAUUCUGGCUCCUCUGAUUGGUCUGUUGGAUGUCUAUCAUUACUCCAUUUCAAUGGUAAUCUAUGGGAGUUUGCCCUUUUUGGCUGGAGCGCUUUGCUUUAUGCUUCCCGAGACGCUGAACACUGAGCUUCUGGAUCACACUGAUGCUCUCAUGGAUAAAAACAUGAAAUCCAAGAAGGGAAGUGUUGAAAACAGCCACCAAGAAAUGACUAAAGUGUCCCCAAAAAGCACAAAAUUAUAAAGCAGUGUUUUAUAAAAUCAUUUCUUCAACCUGUAUAAAAUUAUUUGCCAUGUCAUUUGUUCGAUAAUAAACAUGUAGCCGUUGUAAAUAUCUGCUGAUGAUGAAGAUGAUGAAGAAGACGGCUGCCACCCAGACGAUGACGACGACUGUUUCCAGCAGAUUGUACUGAUAUUUUAUUCAUUCUUCUGUUAUGAAUCUGACCAAAAAUUUCAAGCUGUAAGACUCCAUCACUUGACUGUGAUGGAUCAUUAUAUCAGGUACAAUAUUUUCUUCAUGGAAUAAAGAGUGACAGCACAUUUUGUGUGAUCAUUUGUGUCUCAGGGUCAAUUUCCUGUGAUUUUUAUUAAGGUGGAUGGAAUUUAUUGUUACUUCCUUUCAAUGUCUUGCCCCCAAAACCUAGCAUUGUUCUUAGCAUUACGUUUAAUCAUUAGUACAAUUAACAGUCUGGAAGCAGAUAGCAAAUCUCAUUGUAUUUUCAUCCACUGCCUUGGAAGGAAUAUUUCUUUAUAUAAAUCUUUACUUUUGGAGAUACCUUAUCAUAUGCAAUGCCUUACAUAAACAUUCACCCCCUUUGAAUGUUUCCACAUUGAACAUUGGCCUUGAUUGGGAUGAUAUGGAGGGUGGAUAGUCUCUUAAAUCUGUGUACUAGCCGAAUGCAUGAUUUAUCAGACUUUAACAGGCUCCAGCAUUCUCUCGAGAUGCCAGUCAUGGCCGGUUUUGUACUUUCAUGCCUCCGC